AUGCUGAUACUUCUAGUCUUGGCAGUGAUUUGUCAAGUAGUAGGCGCUCAAGGUUGAGUUUCUUUGUUUUCGUUACCUUUGAAACUAAUCAGUGAAACAAGAAAAUUUUUUGCGACGUUGGUUUUUUUGGAGUUGAAUCCAGUAGGUCCAGUUCGCAAGUCAUCCACCACAGGCGAAUCGAGAGGGUACCAUAAUGUGUCCACAAAGGUACUUCUCAAAAGGGAUCGUGAAGACCCCAUUAUGUGUCCGACGUGAGACUUCCAGCAUACCUUUUAGCUUCAUCUGAGCCAUAUCGGAGGUCCUUGAGGGUCUUUCUCUCAAGUCUAUCUCAUUUUGCUCAAAAUCCUCAGAAAUAUCCUCGAGUUACCAUCGUGAGACUUCAGAGCCUGCGAUAUACCUUAGAAGGUAUCGCGAUGGGACCAUCCGACUUACAUUAUUUUUUAAUCGAAAGAUUUUUUUCAAAUCUUAAAAACCGAAAAAAGACAGCAUUCGUAAUCCUUUUGGACUUUCGAAAGAAGGAUAAACUAAAACUAAAACCUUUUAUAAUCUUCCAGGCGACUGUCGAGACUUUGACAACAAUUGUCGGGACUGGGUGGCGGUCAAUGCGCAGGCCUGCACAUCCACAGAGUACAUCAAAAGGAGCUGUAGACGGAGUUGCGGCGUUUGCGGCUCUGUCGACCCAAGUUGGUUUCUGAAAUUCUGUUCAAAUUUCAGUUUUUUUUUUGUGCAGAAUAUGACCUUCGCAGAUUACCUUCCUCUCUUCAGCCGGUGGCGUUCCUGAUAGGCAAGUGGCGAUCCGAGCACGGAGGCAAAGUUGAUCCUGAGAGCCCUAACGUCUCUCAUCUGAAAAGAAUCACUUUCAGGCCAUUUUUCCCACCAUCCCCAAAUUUACAUUUGGCGAGCAAGUCGAAAUCUCGAUUCCCGACGAUGAAGUGACUGCUCAGAAAGCAUUGAACUACACGUUAGUCUUUUUUUCUCUUCAGUGAGAACCUAUUUUCACACCUAUCGAGUCAUUUCAGCGCUGUCGCGUGGAGCGUAGAAAAAAUCAUGAUGAAUGAUACAAAGAGGUUACAAGUUAUGAGGAGAAGGGACAUUUUUUUCGGUCUGGUUGAGGUUUUCGGGGUAAUGGCUUGUCUUGAAGUUGAAGAAUCUUACGAAACGGUUUUUCGUUUCUUUUUCGGAACAUACUCACAUUGGGGCCAGUUCUCCUCAAUAGGAAGAGAGCAAAAAUAAUUUUACUAACUUGGUGAUCGGCUUCUUUGUUUGUGUAUAGUCAAUUUUUCCCAAAUCGAAAGACGAGAUGUAUAGAUUGACCAACGUUGCGUACGCGAGGUGUCUCUUGGCGGAGACGCGAGUCACCAUUUAUUUUUCAUUCUUCAAAGUUUUUUUCGAUGAAUUUACAUUUUCAAAGUUUCGAGGAAAUUUGAACUGAAAAAAAAGUGUAAAAAUAAUGGGAAACUUGCUUUUUUUUUUCUACUUCUUUCUAUGCGUGCGUUUCACCUCAAACUCUUCGCCAAAAAGCCGCCUCGCGUACGCAACGCAUCACCCUUGCCAAUCUACCCAUCUCGCCUUUUAAGUCGGGAAGGAUUGACUAUACCACAAUGUUUUUUUUUUCUUCAAAUAACUUAAAGAUGAUAAAGUAAUGAGUGCUCGACAGGGCGUUUGCGUGGUCAAUCAAUGAUCGGGACGAGUUGCACUCAGAGUCCGGCUAUAUCUCCGUCAAGCCAAACACUAAAGAGGUCGCGCUCACCACCGUCAUGAGCAAUGGUCAGUUUUUCGCGACUUUUCAGUUUCUCGAGACAAAUUUCGCACAUGUCUUUCCUCCUCGUUGCGAGGGCUUCUCGAAAAUCUAAAAAAAUUAUUUCCGAUUUCGUUUCAUUUUUCCAUUCCGGAGCAUAAAUGAUAGUUUCCACAAUUAAAAAUUUGUUUAAUCUUCAGAAAAGAUUAUAUUCUGAAUCGUAGUCAAUAAUAAGAGUUGGAUAGUCCCUCCGUGAGAUAGUGGUAGACGAGUUUUGAGCCUUCCGACAAUCAGCUGCUUCUCCAUAUAGGAUCAGUACGGUGCCCUUGUCGGGUGGCGGUAAAAAUGAGAUUAUAGUGUUUUAUAACUCUGAAUAAUAAGUUCAUGCUUUUCCGGGCAGAACGAAACCAUCUUUCAGGAUUUGUAACUGUUGAAGAAGGGCCGGUGAUAGGCAAUCAACUGAGGUUGCGUGUUCGCGAUAUUGGCCGGAUCAGUUUUAGCCGAGACCUGCCGGUCCACGAUGUUUGUUGCUUUUUUGAAACUAUUCUCUUGAGAGAUAGUUUAGAGACUUUCAUUCGAGAAAAUUUCAGUUGGUCCGCGAAUGGACGCUGCUGGACAGCACAACGUUGCAGGCACGUCUGAACAUGGAGACGCUGACGCACGGCAUGCAAGAGCACACUUUCAUACGAUACAACAAAAUUGCACCUUGA